AUGGGUAAGGAAAAGACGCACAUCAACAUCGUAGUGAUCGGUCACGUGGACUCGGGCAAGUCCACUACCACCGGCCAUCUGAUUUAUAAGUGUGGUGGUAUCGACAAGCGUACCAUCGAGAAGUUUGAGAAGGAGGCGCAGGAGAUGGGCAAGGGCUCGUUCAAGUACGCCUGGGUGUUGGACAAGCUGAAGGCGGAGCGCGAACGUGGUAUUACCAUCGAUAUCGCCCUGUGGAAGUUCGAGACUGCCAAGUACUAUGUUACUAUCAUCGACGCUCCUGGCCAUAGGGACUUCAUCAAGAACAUGAUUACCGGGACCUCGCAGGCGGACUGCGCCGUGCUGAUAGUGGCGGCUGGUACGGGUGAGUUCGAGGCCGGCAUCAGUAAGAACGGUCAGACCCGCGAGCACGCGCUGCUCGCCUUCACUCUGGGGGUCAAGCAACUGAUCGUGGGCGUCAACAAGAUGGACUCCACCGAGCCGCCCUACCACGAGGCGAGGUACGAGGAGAUCAAGAAGGAAGUGUCCUCUUACAUCAAGAAGAUCGGGUACAACCCGGCGACCGUGGCGUUCGUGCCCAUCUCGGGCUGGCACGGAGACAACAUGUUGGAGCCAUCGGACAAGAUGCCCUGGUUCAAGGGGUGGACCAUCGACCGCAAGGACGGGAAGGUGGAGGGCAAGUGCCUCAUCGAGGCCCUGGACGCUAUCCAGCCUCCAUCUCGCCCCACCGAGAAGCCCCUGCGUCUUCCUCUGCAGGACGUGUACAAGAUCGGAGGCAUCGGGACAGUGCCCGUAGGACGAGUCGAGACCGGCAUACUGAAACCCGGCAUGGUGGUUGUGUUCGCGCCUGCGGCCAUCACCACCGAGGUGAAGUCUGUGGAGAUGCACCACGAGGCGCUGCAGGAGGCCAUGCCCGGAGACAACGUGGGCUUUAACGUGAAGAACGUGUCGGUGAAGGAGUUGCGUCGCGGCUACGUGGCCGGUGACUCCAAGAACUGCCCUCCCAAGGGAGCUUCGGACUUCACCGCCCAGGUGAUCGUGUUGAACCACCCGGGGCAGAUCAGCAACGGUUAUACACCGGUCCUGGACUGUCACACCGCUCACAUCGCAUGCAAGUUCGCUGAGAUCAAGGAGAAGUGCGACCGUCGUACUGGUAAGACGACCGAGGUGGAGCCGAAGUCCAUCAAGUCGGGUGACGCGGCCAUCGUGACCCUGGUGCCGACCAAGGCGCUGUGUGUGGAGUCGUUCCAGGAGUUCCCGCCGCUGGGACGCUUCGCCGUCCGGGACAUGCGUCAGACGGUGGCCGUUGGAGUCAUCAAGAGCGUGACCUUCAAGGAGGUGACUACGGGCAAAAUCACCAAGGCCGCCGAGAAGGCCCAGAAGAAAAAAUAA